AUGGAUCUAUAUCCAUGUGACGAGAAUUACCCAGCAGAGUGCUCUCUACUUAUAAAAGCUUCUCUUGAGAAACAACGCCAAACAAAGAAGCAGAUGGACAGCCCCGCUGGCAGCGAGACGGACAGACUUCACUGGGUUUCUGCCAAAGACUUCACAGUCGAAGUGGGAAAAGAGCAGAUCGAGGCUUAUAUUCAAACAUGGGAAAUCCAGUCUUCCUGGUCUCACAGUUUGGAUUUUCUCUUCAUAACAGAGGAGGAGCACACCACCUUCUACCAUUACCGGGCCCGUUUCAGCAACGUUACAGCGCAGAAGCCGAUUCAGGGAACGGCCAGCGUCUACUUCGUCGUGGAAGUUUCCAAAAACACGCCACAAACUCUGCCAGUUGAGGUCCACUUUGUGAUGGAGUCAAACAGACUUGUACAUACUCCUGGAAAAACCAGGUUUACAGAGAAAUGGCUCGCGGAUAUUAUUGAGAGCAAGGCUUUGCUCCGAAGAACGGUGAACCUUUGA